GAGGUGGUCCACUUCAUGAACCUCCUGCGCUACGAUGCCAUGGCUUUGGGGAACCAUGAGUUUGAUGGAGGUGUGAGCGGAUUAUUGGAUCCUCUUCUUAAAAAUGCUACUUUUACAAUCCUGAGUGCAAACAUUAAGGGGAAAACCCCAUUAGGGAACGAAAUGAUGAAAUACGUUUAUCCUUUUAAAAUAGUACAUUUUGACUCAGAAUCAGUAGGAAUUGUUGGCUACACUACAAAGGAAACUUCUUUUCUUUCACAGCCAGGGGAUGAUAUAAUCUUUGAAGAUGAAAUUGAAGCAUUGCAAGUGCAAGUGAAUGAACUUACUGCUAUGGGAGUGAACAAAAUAAUUGCACUAGGACAUUCUGGUUUUACUGUGGACAAAAAUAUUGCCCAAAAAGUGAAAGGGUAAGACAUUCUGGUUUUACUGGACAAAAAAAUUGGAGGACACACAAACACUUUUCUCUAUACAGGCUCCCCACCCUCUACUGAACAGCCAGCUGGCCCGUAUCCAUUCAUGGUUGACUCAGACGAUGGGAGGAAGGUGCCAGUUGUACAAGCUUAUGCUUAUGGAAAAUAUCUUGGUUACUUAAAUGUUACAUUUGACAAGAAAGGAAAUGUAGUUGAAGCAGUUGGAAACCCCAUUCUGCUGGACAGCAGCGUUCCUGAAGAUGAGCACAUUAAAGAAGAAGUGGAAAAAUGGAGGAAAAACCUGGGGAAUUAUUCUAAGGAGAUUGGAAAAACUAGCGUUUACCUGAACGGUACAAGCCAAGCGUGCCGUUUCCAAGAAUGUAACAUGGGAAAUUUGCUUUGUGAUGCUGUGCUUUAUGAGAAUGUCAGACAUCCGGAUAGAAAGUCAUGGAACCAUGUUUCAAUGUGCAUCCUGAAUGGAGGCGGGAUACGGUCACCCAUUGAUGAACAGAGCACUAACGGUAGCAUUACUGUGGAAGAUUUGCUGUCUGUUUUGCCAUUUGGAGGUCGUUUUGAUUUGGUAAGGGUGAAAGGCUCCACUCUGAAAGAAGCUUUUGAGCACAGUGUGCACAGAUACGGGAGAGGAAGCGGAGAGCUGCUGCAGGUUGGAGGCAUCCAUGUGGUCUAUGAUCUCUCCAGAGCCCCAGGAAGCAGAGUUGUUAGCUUAGAAGUGCUUUGCACAGCCUGCCGAGUCCCAGCCUACGUCCCACUCCAGAUGGAUGAAAUAUACAAUGUGACUCUUCCAUCCUAUAUGUUAUUUGGAGGAGAUGGCUAUCAUAUGCUGAAAGACAAAAAUCUGGGAUACAGUAAAGGUGAACCUGAUACUGAGGUGGUUUCCCGUUACCUCCAGAGAAUGACGAAAGUUUACCCAGCAGUUGAAGGUCGAAUAAAGUUUUCUUCUGGAAGUCUUACUGAAGGAAGCCUUACCCUCAUUUCUGUGUUGUUCACUGUAACAUUCUUGCAUACUUGA